GUGUCUUUCCUCAAGAUUGUCUUCAAGUUACAAAAUGUACAUGACAGAUCCACGGAUGUACCGCGGAGAGCCUGGAGGUCCAAUAGCCGUAGGCAAGAAGGGCCGAGGUCCACUUGUACACACACAAAGAGAAGGGUUUCUUCCUUUCCGGGAAUUAAAAUUGGCCUGGCAGACCCCUUUACUUCACGGAGAUAUAUGGAAGCCAGAGAUCGAGCUCAAGUCCAUAAGGUGACAAAGAAGGUCAACAGUCAUUACCAAAUCAAUGGACAGAGGAAGACUACCGAGAAAGGGUAAGAUGUGCCUUGACACAAACACUGUUGUAUGAACCAUGUGCCAAUCAAAGUAGACAACUGUAAUGUCCUUGAGAAUAUUUUCUGCAAUAUUUGUGGCAGAUUCAGUGGGUACAAAAUUGAGUUUGUCCUUUCUGCUUGAUUAGUGUAAUCUGCAUAACUCCUUUCCCUUCCUACAUUCUUCUUUGUAAUUUUUUGGGGGGAACAGGAGGUGCUAGUACUGGCAUUGGUUUUCCUUUCUCUCUCUCUCUCUUUUUUUUUUUUUCCCUGAGACGGAGCUUUGCUCUUGUUGCCCAGGCUGGAGUGCAAUGGCACAAUCUCGGCUCAUUGCCUUUUGGGU